CCGCGCGCCGCCCCUCUCCCGCGCUCCGGAAGGCCUGCGUUCCCCCUCCCCAGCCAGGCGCCACCACCUGCCGCCCAAGCAGCCAGGCGACUCUUCCUUCGCGGGUCACGCGGCCUGACUCAGGCCCCUGCUCCUGUGGCCCCGAAACUCGCCGUUCGCUGGGCCUUGCCUCGCACUCGGCGUCCAGUUCCCCCUCGGCUCGCGGCCACUUGGUCCGCGCCGCCUGCGUCCUGUGUGCCGAGCCCGCCCGCACUGCGGGGACAGGCCGGGCGCCGCCCACGCCGCGCUCUGCCGGGCGCACAGUCUGCCUGGGAAGCGCGCGGCCGGGCGGGCGGCCAUGGCGCGGCGCGCGGGGAGGUAGCGGGGCGGCCGCAGGAGCGCACGGUCGGCCAUGGCCCGGCGGCGGCGCCGCGCCUGCAUCGCUCUGUUCCUGGUGCUGCUCUUCGCCUUCGGCACCCUCAUGGGUCUGCGCACGCUCAAGGCUCCGGACGGACUCCCGGCGCUGGGCCCGGGCCUGGAGCUGGCGCCGUUUGAGCGACGCCCAGAGGGAGCCCCCGCGCCCGCUGCCAGGGCCCCGGCAGCCCCUGCCGCGCCGCCCCCGCCGCCGCCCCGCACCGCGGACCCUGGCGGCUCCCCUGGGCCGGCACCCGCGGAGGCCGAGCCCGCCCCCGGGCAGAGCCUGCGCGUUUACUCGGACCUGCACGCCUUCUACUACUCGUGGUACGGGAGCCCGCGGCGCGAGGGCCACUACAUUCACUGGGACCACGUCAUGGUGCCGCACUGGGACCCCAAGAUCUCGGCCAGCUACCCCCGCGGCCGCCACAGCCCCCCAGACGACUUGGGCUCCAGCUUCUACCCGGAGCUGGGGCCCUACAGCUCCCGGGACCCCGAAGUGCUGCGGGAGCAUAUGACCCAACUCAAGGAAGCCGCCAUCGGCGUCCUGGUCCUGUCCUGGUACCCACCUGGCAUGGCUGAUGAUAACGGGGAGCCCUCAGAUGACCUGGUGCCCGCCAUUCUGGACACCGCCCAUCAGUACAGCAUCCAGGUGGCCUUCCACAUCCAACCCUACAAGGGCCGAGAUGACAUCACUGUACAUGACAACAUCAAGUACAUCAUUGACACGUAUGGCUCCCAUGGUGCAUUUUACCGCUAUAAGAACAGCAUGGGCAAGAGCCUCCCACUCUUUUAUAUCUACGACUCAUACCUGACGUCCCCUGAGGCCUGGGCCCACCUCCUGACACCAAACGGGCCCCAUUCGAUCCGCAACACACCCUACGAUGGGGUCUUCAUAGCGCUGCUGGUGGAGGAGGGCCACACCCACGACAUCCUGGCCGCCGGAUUUGACGGCAUGUACACCUACUUUGCCUCCAAUGGUUUCUCCUUUGGUUCUUCCCAUCAGAACUGGAAAGCCGUGAAGAACUUUUGUGAUGCCAACAACCUCAUGUUCAUCCCCAGUGUGGGACCCGGCUACAUAGACACCAGCAUUCGGCCCUGGAACAACCACAAUACGCGCAACAGGGUCAAUGGCAAGUACUAUGAGACGGCCCUGCAGGCGGCCCUGACAGUGAGGCCCGAGAUCGUCUCCAUUACCUCCUUCAAUGAGUGGCACGAAGGCACCCAGAUUGAGAAGGCCAUUCCCAAGAAGACACCCACCCGCCUGUAUUUGGACUACCUGCCUCACCAGCCCAGCCUGUACCUGGAGCUGACCCGCCGCUGGGCAGAGCACUUCAUCAAAGAGAAGGAGCAGUGGCUCAUGUGAGGGGCCUGUAAACGGGCGUGAGGUGCUGAUGUCCUUGCCUUGCUGGAAGAUGUCACCAUGUGGGGUUCAGCUGAGGUUGUAGGCACUCACUCUUUCCCAGGUCAGAGGUCAGCAGCUGGGUGCUUCUGGGUGGGCCGUCAGGCGUGGGCCUAUGCAACACAGAGCCCGUUCCUCAGGCGAGUGGUGCUGGGGUGCUCUGCGGUGAUGGGAACGGCAGAGGCUGGCAGGUGACUGAACUUAGCCCAGGGCAGCUCCACAUCCUGGGAACACUUUGAUGUAACCCCUUCUAGUUUUGAACUCUGCAGCAGGCUGGUGCUGUGUGGUGGCCACCCAGUCACCACCCUUGGAAGGGUGUCAGGGUCCGGGCUCGCAUGCGCCCUGCUCCCUUCUGCCAGCCUGCAUCCUCUCCUCAGGCCUCCUUCCCACAUCAUCUGUCUUCUCUAAGUUAGGGAACCAUAUUUGAGACUUUCAAAAAGGGAACUUCUAGGUUUAAGCUCCUCCCAGUAGAUUCCUGAACCCAAUUAUCAGGAAAUCAUCCUGAGCACUCACAGGUUCAUGUAACACUCACUCAUCAAGCACCUUCCUAUGUGCUAGGUGCUGGGGAAGACUUGACCAAGGAAGAGUUCCUGUCCUGAAGCUUCCAGGACCCAGCUUUCCUUUUCUGGUGUGGCCUUGUAGCUAGUGCCUGCGCACAGUUGUUUUUCUUUUUGCAGUUUUACCUAGUGCUGGGAGUUCAGUUCUUUUUCCUCUAAAAAAAUCCCUCUGUGCUCCAGAGCCUAAUUUUUCCCAGAUGCAUAUUUAGCUCCAGGGAGAGACUAGGAGGAAAUCCCCCUCCCUUUAGCUGCCUGAACUGACUGAGGCCCACUCACUAGAGCCAUGUUCAGUGCUACUGUGAUUAGUAGUAAUUAAAUAUGAACUGGUAUUCUCAAGUAAGCAUUCCUUUUGCUCUCUUUAAGACCUCACAAAUUCUGACCUUAGAUUCUGUGACAAAUUGAUAUAUGAGCUGGGCUGGCUAUGGCUUUACCACGAGUAGGUUUGCUUAAGAAAUUCCUCAACAAUGGCCGGGCGCAGAGGCUCAUGCCUGUAAUCCCAGCACUUUGGGAGGCCGAGACGGGUGGAUCACGAAGUCAGGAGAUCGAGACCAACCUGGCUAACAUGGUGAAACCCCAUCUCUACUAAAAAUACAAAAAAAUUAGCCAGGCAUAGUGGCAGGCACCUGUAGUCCCAGCUACUCGGGAGGCUGAGGCAGGAGAAUGGCGUGAACCCAGGAGGCGGAGCUUGCAGUGAGCGGUGAUCACGCCACUGCACUCCAGCCUGGGCAACAGAGCGAGACUCCGUCUCAAAAAAAAAAAAAAAAAAAAAGUUACUAAACAAGGCUGGGCGCGGUGGCUCACGCCUGUAAUCCCAGCACUUUGGGAGGCCGAGGCAGGUGGAUCACCUGAGGUCAGGAGCUCGAGACCAGCCUGGCCAACAUGGUGAAACCCCAUCCCUACUAAAAAUACAAAAAUUAGCUGGGCAUGGGUGCCUGUAAUCCCAGCUACUUCUGAGGCUGAGGCAGGAGAAUCGCUUGAACCUGGGAGGCGGAGGUUGCAGUGAGCCAAUGUGGCACCACUGGACUCCAGCCUGGGCAAGAGCAAGACUGUCUCAAAACAAAAAAAAAACAAAAAACAUUACUAGACAAGAUUUCUAGAGGGAAUUAACAAACCAGUGCUUAUUUACAAAUAAACUAAUAUGCUAACUGCAGGAACCCUGAUUAAAGCAGGCCCGUUAACACCUCAUAAGAUUCUUAGGAUAUACUUGAAAACAGGUGCAUUGGAAACCACUGUACUAGGAAGUUUAUGGGCUCAAGACUGAAUCGGAAGCUAGGCGUGGUCGCUCAUGCCUGUAAUCCCAGCACUCUGGGAGGCUGAGGUGGAAGGAUCGGUUGAGUCCAGGAGUUCGAGACCAGCUUGGGCAACACAGAGAGACGUGUCUUUAAAAAAAUAAAAAAUGGGCUGAGUGCCUUGGCUCACGCCUGUAAUCCCAGCACUUUGGGAAGCCCAGGCAGGUGGAUCACUUGAGGCCAGGAGUUCAAGAACAGCCUGCCCAACAUGGCAAAACUCCAUCUCUACUAAAAAUACCAAAAAAAUUAGCAGGGUGUGCUGGUGCACACCUGCAGUCCCAGCUACUCAGGAGGCUGAGGUGUGAGAAUCACUUGAACCUGGGAGGCGGAGUUUGCAGUGAGCCAAGAUUGUGCCACGGCACUCCAGUGUGGGCAACAGAGAUUCUGUCUCCAAAAAAAAAAAAAAAAGACUGAAUCGGAAUUUUGGGAACUAGGGUGCAAGAGGGAAGGGGAGGAAGGAGGAGGAAAUAGACCCCAGUGGUCACCUCAAGGACACCCAGCCCCAGUUAGGUAACUGAUAUUAAACCCCACCAGAGAGAUGCGCAGGCCUGGCCACCUGGCUUUGGGGCUUAGCUGGGGAAACCAAGGCAGGCAGGGACAGCUGAAAGGGUUGGAUGUUGACCUACAGUAAUUUACAGAAGGUAGCAACACAGGCUUCAUUUAACACACGCACAGUUUGAAAAAUACUAAACAUGGCAAGGCCAGGGGGCAGGGGCAGCCAUUCUCACACAUUGCUAAUGGCAGUGUAACUUGACUCAGUUCUUUUGAAGGCUAAUCCAUAUUGAGAGCCGUAAAUACUUCAUACACUUUGACCUACUCUCCUAAGGAAAUAAUUCAAAAGAAGAAAAAUAAACCAUUUACAAAUAUGU